CAGAAGAAGAAGAAGAAGAACCGAUUUGAUAACACGAAUCGUUCUUCCUCUUUUAAUCUUGCUUGGUUUGUUCUUCAUUUACCAUCUCACUUUUACUUACGGGGUUUUCGUAUUUGCUCGAACGAUUUAAGUGGAAAAAAGAAAGAGGAGAGAGAGAGAGAGAGAGAGAGAGAGAGAGAGAGAGAGAGAGAGAGAGUCAGAGAUGGAGGACGAGGAAUAUGUUAUGAUUGAUCUUGAUGACGUUUCAAGGCACAUUGACAUUCCAGCAGAUGCUCCUUACACUUUAUCAGGUUUGGAUACUUUGAAUCCGGUAUUGACCAUUGAUGGCAAAAUCAAGCUGGUUGGAGAAUAUCUUGAAACGAUUGGUACAUGCCUUGCUUUCUCUGAAAAGGAAGAAGUUUCAGCAAGUGAAGACCAGAUGCCACAGAAGAAGAUAGUUGAACCUGUUGCAAAACUCCACAAGAUUCUUAAGUUUAGGUUAGCAGCAGCAUUAGACAAUGAAGAUGGAGGAGACACGAAAACAAACAAUUUGUAAAAGACCUGCGUAUUUCUUCAAGAUUGCAUCGGGCCAAUCUUUGAUCUUGUUCCUUGACAAAAAAUCAGACUUUGCAAAAUUUCAAAGACCAUAUGACAAAUGUGGAAACUGUUAGCCAAAGGCACAUGUAGCAUCUUCCAUUCU